AUGGUACUUCUGCCAAGGGUACUAGCAGCUCCUCAAGCUCCUGGAUGUCACUAUUUUCCUGGAGAUCGGCAAUGGCCUAGCCUUCAGCAGUGGCAGCAGCUCAACCUAUCAAUUGAAGGGAAUUUAAUUGCUGGAAGGCCACUUGCAGAUGUAAGUUAUGGUACCACCUAUGACAAGGGCGAAUGUGUUGCAUUGAAAUUGAACUGGAACAAUCCACCAUCCUAUUUUGUUGACCCUACCAAUGUUAUGUCGCCAUACUGGUUGAACAACUCCUGCAGUCCGUUUACAUCGCACAAUGCCUCCUGUAUACUGGGAAACAUAGCAUCGUAUGCGAUAAAUGUCAGCUCGGUUGAAGAUGUGCAAGCAGGAUUGAAAUUUGCUAAGGAUCAUAAUAAUCGUGUCCAAGUGAAGAAUACCGGGCACGACUUCCUUGGUCGAUCUACCGGUGCGGGAUCCUUAGCCCUUUGGACCCAUAACUUGAAAGACAUCAGCUUCUUCAAUUAUUCAAGUCCCGGUUACAACGGAUCGGCGGUAAAACUCAGAGCGGGCGUCCAAGCGUUCGAAGUAUACCAGGAAGCCGCCAAUAAUGGACUUCGGCUCACAGGUGGAUUAUGUCCGACCGUUGGACUUGUCGGUGGAUACGUUCAAAGCGGAGGCCAUGGUGCCCUAGAAGGUGUUUAUGGUCUCGCUUCAGAUAACACCCUGGAAUUUGAAGUCGUGACUCCCGAUGGGAGUUAUCUCCUUGCCAGUCCUACCGAGAAUGAGGAUCUAUAUUGGGCGUUAAAUGGAGGGGGUGGUGGUACAUAUACUGUUGUUAUAUCACAAACCACCAAAGCCCAUCCAGACGGUAUCGUUGCCGGUGCAUCUCUCACUUUCCAAAAUAAUGGUGACAAUGGCACAUACUGGGCGGCUGUGGAAGCAUGGCACAAACGGCUCCUCGUUUGGGAUGAUCUCCCUGGAAUCAGCAAUUACUUCGGCAUCACUAGUGAUCUUUUCACACUUUACUCUGCGAUUUUACCCGAUCAACCAGAAUCUGCGAUCGCAGCGCAAUUUGAUCCAUUGAUCCGGGAGUUGGAGGAACUGGGCCUUACCUAUACAUACGAGACAAACGAGCAGCCAACUUACUAUGAUCACUUUGCCUACUACACUCCAGAUCUUCCUUACGGAGACUAUCUGACAAACUCAACGAUCGGUGGAAGACUGAUCGCCCGAGAUACUGUGCGUGAUAAUAUUUCUGGCUUGAUUGCUGCCUACCGCAAUAUCACCGCACUGCCAGGAUACCGUAUCAACGGCAUUGCUGCCAACGUCACACAUGCUCGAGUAGGCAACACCCCCGCAUCGAAUGCUGUCCUUCCCGCUUAG